AUGACUAGAGAGCUACAUAAAUCCCAUUUUGGUAUGGAAAAAACAAAGAAGUGGGCAAGGAAAAUAUUAUACUGGCCGGGUAUAAUAACUGAUAUUGAAAAUUUUAUUUCAAGUUGUCGCAUAUGUGAGAAAUUCAGCAGAAAUAAAAUAAAAGAACCGCUAAUACCGCACGAGGUACCUAAAUAUCCAUUUGAGAUAGUGGGGUCUGAUAUAUUAGAAUACGCAUCAAAAUAUUAUUUAGUUGUAGUCGAUUACUACAGCAAUUGGAUUGAAUUGAAAGAAAUACAAAGAAAAAGUAUAGAUGAAAUCUUAAAACAAUUAAAAGUAAUAUUUUCUAAUUUUGGAUUACCUGCAAAGUUUAUAUCUGAUAACAAUCCCUACAACAGCUUUAAAUUUAAAGAAUUUUGUAAUCAAUACAACAUACAAUGUGUUUUUACGAGUCCCAGGUACCCAAAGUCGAAUGGGUUGGCUGAAAAAGCCGUACACAUAUGUAAACAGUUAUUAAAAAAGUGUAACAAUGAAGACGAAAUAUUUGUUCAUUUGUUGAAUUACAGAGUUACACCACUAUGUGGUCUUGAGGCCUCACCUUCAGAGUUAUUACAAAGCAGGUUACUAAGAACAGGUUUGCCUAUAUCCAACAAAUUAUUGGAACCCAAAACCACUAACGAGUAUGGGAAAAAAGUAGAAAGAAAGUUGGCAGUAAAAAGCUAUCAUGAUAAAUCUGCACGUAGCAGCUCAGAUUUUAACGAAAAUCAAGAUAUACUAUUUAAAUUGAAGAAGGAUGGGUAUUGGACACCGGGAAAAGUCUUAUCAAAUACUAAUACUCCACGAUCAUACUUGGUGAGUGAUGAAAAUGGCAGGGUUUAUAAAAGAAAUUCUUCCUUUCUAAAAAAUACAAAAAAUCCAACGGUUAUAAAUGCGCCAAACAACAACGAAAAUAUAAACAUAAACUGUAAACCUAAUAGUGCUGAUGAAUCAAGUGAGAACACUUGUUUGUCUAAUAGAACUGAUGUAUAUAAUGAAAACGGUUGUGGAACUAAUAAUAAUAAAACGGCAAAUGAAUGUACAAGUGUCAAGGAAGCAAAUAGCAAAUGCACAAGAUCAGGUCGGGUCGUCAAUGUACCAAAUAGGUUAAGAGACUAUUAUACAUAG